UGGCGUGGGCUUCUCUCCUCUCUCAAACCGCACAGCAUCAUCAUCAUCAUCACUCGGUUCACAGCAACAGCCUCGUACGCAUCCUCAUCCUCCUCAUCACCAUCUCCGGGCUGAACAGGGACCACAGCGCAGGAAUAAAGACACAAGAAGAGCCGGUUGUCAGUCAGGCGACUGACUGUGAGGUGCAUCCUGAACACACUGAAGCUUCAGGUGGCCUCUCCUGAAAUCUUUGACCACAUUUGCAUCUACUGAACCUCUUUCAAAUGGAGGACGGCUACCAAAACCGGACUGCCUUCAUAAAAGGCGCCAAAGACAUUGCCAAAGAAGUGAAGCGACAAGCAUCUAAGAAGGUUGGCCGCUCUGUGGAUCGGGUGACCGACGAGUACAGCAAGCGCUCCUACAGCCGGUUUGAAGAGGACGAUGACGACGAGUACCCCAUGCAGGGAAGCCAGGACGGAGGCUACUACCGCGGAGACAGCCAGGCGGCCAACGACGACGAGGGCGGCCACAGUGACUCCACAGAAGGUCAUGAUGAGGAUGAUGAGAUCUACGAGGGCGAGUACCAAGGGAUUCCCCGGGCCGACUCGGGCAAAGACACCCUAGCGGGAGGUCCGGGUUCAGUGAGGGCCGGCGCUCAGCAGUUCAAAGAUGUCGGAGUGUCCGAGGCGGAGAGGAGGAAGGACCAGGAAGAGCUGGCUCAACAGUACGAGACCAUUUUACAAGAAUGCGGUCACGGGAAGUUCCAGUGGAGCCUGUACUUUGUGCUGGGUCUGGCUCUUAUGGCGGACGGCGUGGAGAUCUUCGUGGUUGGGUUCGUCCUGCCCAGCGCUGAGAAGGACAUGUGCCUGUCUGAACCUAACAAAAGCAUGCUGGGUCUGAUUGUGUACUUUGGGAUGAUGGUCGGGGCGUUCCUCUGGGGGGCUCUGGCCGACCGGAUAGGCCGUCGGCAGUCUCUUCUCAUCUCUCUCUCCAUCAACAGCAUCUUCUCCUUCUUCUCCUCCUUCGUCCAGGGCUACAGCACCUUUCUGUUUUGCCGACUCCUCUCAGGUGUUGGGAUUGGCGGCUCAAUUCCCAUCGUGUUUUCCUACUACUCUGAAUUUCUGUCUCAAGAGAAGCGCGGCGAGCACCUCAGUUGGCUCUGCAUGUUCUGGAUGAUUGGGGGAAUAUACGCGUCUGCCAUGGCCUGGGCCAUUAUCCCACAUUAUGGAUGGAGUUUCCAGAUGGGCUCUGCGUAUCAGUUCCACAGCUGGCGUGUGUUUGUGUUAGUGUGCGCGUUUCCUUCUGUUGCAGCCAUCGCCGCCCUCAGUGCCAUGCCAGAGAGCCCACGCUUCUACUUAGAGAACGGCAAACAUGACGAAGGCUGGAUGAUUCUUAAGCAAGUUCACGACACCAACAUGCGAGCAAAGGGAUACCCAGAGAAGGUGUUUUCUGUCACCACAAUUAAGACGGUGAAACAGAUGGAUGAGCUGGUGGACACUGGCACCGAUACGCCUGUCUGGAAGCGCUACAGGCUGAAGAUUAUGAGCCUCUCCCAACAGAUCCGGAACAACAUUCUUGCCUGCUUCAGCCCUGAAUACAAACGGACGACUUUCAUGCUCAUGGCUGUUUGGUUCACCAUGUCUUUCAGCUACUACGGUCUGACCGUGUGGUUCCCAGACAUGAUCAAAUACAUCCAGAAGCAGGAAUAUGAUUCACGCACAAAGACCUUCACUAAGGAACGAGUUGAGCAUGUCACGUUUAACUUCACCCUGGAAAACCAAGUGCAUCGCCAAGGACACUACUUCAACGACAAGUUCCUCAACCUGAAGAUGAAGUCGAUGGUGUUUGAAGACUCUGUGUUUGAGGAGUGCUACUUUGAGGACAUCACCUCCACACACACCUUCUUCAGAAACUGCACCUUCAUUGCAAGUUUGUUCUACAACACAGAUUUGUUCAAAUACAGGUUUGUCGACUGUAAACUGGUGAACAGCACGUUCAUCCACAACAAGGAGGGCUGCAUACUUGAUUUCAGCGACGACUUCAACAAUGCCUACAUGAUUUACUUCGUCAACUUCCUCGGCACGUUGGCAGUGUUGCCUGGCAACAUCGUGUCGGCUCUAUUAAUGGACAAAAUAGGGCGUUUAAGGAUGCUGGCCGGAUCCAGUGUCAUUUCUUGUGUCAGCUGUUUCUUCCUGAUGUUCGGUAACAGUGAGUCGGGGAUGAUCGCCCUCUUGUGUCUGUUUGGAGGCAUCAGCAUCGCCUCGUGGAACGCCCUGGAUGUGAUCACAGUGGAGCUCUACCCCUCAGAUAAAAGGACCACAGCAUUCGGCUUCCUGAAUGCCCUCUGUAAGGUGGCAGCCGUGCUGGGAAUCAGCAUCUUCCAGUCAUUCGUGGGCAUCACCAAGGCCGUGCCCAUCUUAUUUGCUGCUGGUGCGCUUGCUGCAGGUAGUUUCCUUGCAACAAAGUUGCCUGAAACACGAGGCCAAGUGUUGCAGUAAAACAGAAUGACCAGCAGUGGGCAGCAGAGCACAGCUGGAGUGUGUGUUUGAACAUCCCUGAGAGCUUCAGCGCUGCCCGUCACACACCAACAGAGCAGACUGCCAUCCCCAUUGUAAGCCCAGAAUCCUUUGAAAUAUGGACUGCAUCAUUCUAAGUCUAUCCAGAGCCACAGCGAUUGAGAGAAGAGCACACAGAUGUAGAAAUUACACCGGGUACUAAAAACAUCAGAUCUUUUCAAAACAUGCACAGGGUGAUGCAGAACAAAUUGUGGUGUGAAAUGAGGAUAAAAAUGUUAAUUUCUGGGAGUUUUCUGUCACAGAUCUACAAUAUCAAACACAAUUGUGAAGCCAGAGAUGUCAAAUGCAGAGAUGAGACUGAAAAAAAGCCAUUUGUGGGUGAAAGUGAAAAGAUUUCGUCUAUGUAUGCGGUCGGUUUUUCAAUAUGAAUGCCGUGUUUUUCUUUCUCGUCCGUCCUCGGCCUCAGUGACUGGCUUUCAGCGCUGCUUUUUGUUUUGCUGCUAUUCACUUCACAUUCCCAUUCGGGCUCAUGCUUGUGCUUUGAUGAAAAGUUUUGCUUUGAAAAAAGAUCUCACACAAUGAAUUUCAGGGUGAAAUAUAUUUUCUCUAAAAAUCGCCCAUGACUCUCAACCACUGCCUGCGACUGAAGCCAGACAUGUUUUUACCAAAUGAAAUCAAAACAUUCCAGCUAGGCUCGAUUUAUUCAGAAACAGAGAUCAUCUUUUCAUUUUUCUCGUCGCUGCUUAAAUCCAGUCCACUCCUCUACUGCUCGCCUCCGAACAUAGACAGGUGAAGAUGCAUUUCACAGGAUUCUCUGUUGUAAAUGGGAAUAGUUUGAUCCAGCUCCUCAGUGUUAAACUAAUGUCUUUCCCUCCCUGUUGUUGAAGCAUACAGCUGUGGCAAUGUGACAUCUGCAACACGGGAACAUCUGUGGGACGGAUUUUGGUCAAGUGCUAAUUGUGAGAGCAGAUACUAGAGUGUAAUAUUUGCCUAAAAUAGUCGUGUGAGUGUGCAUGUGUGUGUGUUUGUUGUGUGAGACAAGAGAAAGUGUCCAUUGUUUCAUGCAAAUCAGUGCAGCCAUGUAGACCAUAUCUUACUGAUCCAACAGCAGAAUGUAAGAAACAUCAGUCACACAUUAAUUUAUAUGAAUUAUAUGAACACAUGCAGUAGCUCAGGUGCAAUGUUUAGGCCACGUUUACAGCUGGUAUUAUGUUUUAGCGCCACUCCAGCAAAUUAUUGUAAAUGCAGGAUAGUUUUCUGAUAUUUCUGAUUUUAAAAAAAGCAAAUCCAGCUCGAUCUCAUUUGCAUAGCUGUGUUAAUUAGCCUUAAUGUGAAAAACAAGUCAUCUUAUUGAGUGUGAAAGUUCUUUCUUGAGAAAAAAAAAACCCUAUUGUUCAUAGAGAAUGAAAGAAAAAGCUACAAUUUAAAUUAAUGCCAUUUGGUUGUUUUGCCUCUAUAAUGCAGUAUCUUUUUUUUAAAUUGUGUUUACGCCCCUUAAAAGUCAUGACAUGACUUCAUUUUACUCAUAAGCACAAAACAGACGGACCAAAAGAAGACAAAUCAGUAAAAAAAAAAAAAAAAAAAGUCUUAUUGAUCACACAGUGCAGCACAAAGGGAAAACAGAGAUUAAAAAUCACUUCAUUUUAAGGGCUCCUGUUCCUGCCAUCGUUUUACAUUCCUGCCAGAAUAAGUGAAAAGUUCUCCCUCACUGUGUUCCUGUAUGAUACUGAUUAAUCACUUAUUAAAUACACAAGAAAAAUGUCUAUUUUGACUCUGAUCUGAAUUGGUCACAAUCGCUCCAAAGGGAAGUUAACUGAGUACCAUUAUUUAUACAUAUCACUACUUCGGUAUCAUUUCUCCAAAGGUGUACAUCAAUAUGUGUGCUGACAAUCAGUGAGUGUGUUUGCGGGUGCUGCUGCCGCCCAGUAGUGUGUGUGUGUGUGUGUGUGUGUGCGUGUGUGUUAUUGUUUGACCUAAAGACGUCCUCUGGAUUGUAUGCGUUUGCGUGUGUUCAGGAUGUUGCCGGUAUAAAAAAACACACUUCAGAAAGAUUGCCGAUAUUAUCUCAGCUAUGGGAGUUUGUCUGACCUCUUGAACUGCAUGUAUGUACUUAUGUGUGUUUGCAUGUGUGUGUGUGUGAGAGAGAAAGAGAUACUUUUAAAGACUAAUUUGACAUUUUGAGUAUCUUGUUCAUUUUAUUGCAGAAAGUCAGAUGCGAAGAUCGAUCUUUGCUCUCAUGCAUUACAGUACAAGGUUAAAGCCAGAAGUGAUUAGCUUAGCUUAGCAUAAAGACUGGAAAUGGCGCUGAAACCCAUUAUUUCCAGUGGCUUGCACCGGUCCAAGACAAGUUUUUUUUACUGCAUUGAGCAAAGUGCAGGCUGCUCCUCUAACUAGAUCUCACCCAGCAUGACUGUUUUUAAGAGGCUGCAGCAGUCUCUAUUUAAAAAGCUAUGUGUAUCAUAUGAAACUAGAAGAUCUAAGGAAUCAAAUGGUACCAACCAUGCCGUGCUAUUUUGGUGAAAUAAUGCUCCAAAGUUAGGCUAAAUUUUUAGAGACAUGGCCAUUUUCAUACAGGACCCUUGACCUGAGAUUCCUGUAUAUAUGAAAAUGUUUUUUACAGACAUGCCAACUUCAUGCUAAUACCAUGCAGUUUGGGACAAAUUUACAAGGAUUUUCUCAUGCAGUAGAAAAGUGUUAUUUUCACCUGUUUUAUGUGAAUAUUUCUGCAUACUGAGGGUCCCUAAACCGCCGGAAUUGCAUUUAGUGAUUGGGUAACACUGGAUAGCUUCAAUGAGCCCUCAUUGAAUUUUAUUCAAGCGUGCAUUGCAUGUGGUACCAUUUGAAAUGGUCAGCAUCUGCCACUACUUUAUGCUAAGGUAACAUUCAAGAAGCAUCAAUUCAACUUUAAACAAGAAAGCAAGGUAGAAUAAUUUUCCAAAGUAUCAAACUUUUCCUUUAAUUGUCUCAUCUAAAUCACAUUCUGAGGAUGAAAUCUCUAUUUUACUGUUUUUUGUGUGUUAAAUGAACAAAUGUGCCAUGUUAUUCGUGUCGUCCAUAUGCGGAUGUGUGUGUGUGUGUGUGUGUGUGUGUGUGUGUGUGUAAGCUGACUCUAAAUUGUCUGUCACAUAUUUUUCUACUUUUUUCUGUUGCAAUGUUUUCAUCCCUGCGAUGAACACAGCUCAGUUGGGGACCACGGAAAAAUAUAUUUACACUAAGAGAGGAGAACAAGAAACAAUAUAUGCAGUGUAGAAUUUAAUGUGCUGUUCUUCAUAAUAGACUCGGGUGCUCUUUUGCUGAUACAAUU